ACUAUUUCCGACAGCUGUGAAGGCAGCAGAUCCUUCGCUAAGCUACUCUUCAGUGAGACACCCACCCGAGUCUCGUCUCGCGGAGAGGAUAGUGUUUUAAGGUGUUAACGGAGGGAUCGCUUAUGUUGAUUCCGCAAAAUGCUGAACCCGCAGAGAUCUCUGUCCGAGCUGCCCAAGAUGUCCGCUGCCAGUCAGGUGGAGAGGGCAGUGCUGGAGGAGGAAUUCAACUGGCUGCUGAAAGAAGAAGUACAUGCUGUCCUAAAACAGCUCCAGGAUGUCCUGAAGGAGGCAUCUAGACGUUUCUCAAUGCCAACACCAGGCCUGGAGAGUCAGCUCAAACAGGAGAACUUCAUCCUCGGCAGCUCAACCAUGGACCAAGUGAAGGGGGUGCUGACUUUACAGGGAGAUGCGCUGACUCAGACUGACAUAAACCUGAAGGUUGCAAAGAGCAGCCAAGUGCUACACUUUCAGUUCAGAGAAGACAAGCAAUGGAAACUGCAGCAGAUCCAGGAUGCCAGGAACCACGUGAACCAGGCUCUGCAGCUGCUUAGCAGCCGUGAUGAGAGCUACCACUUUAAGACUGGUGCUGAAGUUAAUAAGCUCAUGGAUGCAGUGAUGCUCCAGCUGACACGAGCACGAAACCGCCUCACCACCCCAGCCUCCCUGACGCUGCCUGAGCUGGCCACCAGUGGUCUGAUGAAAAUGUUCACCCCUCCCAUGCCCGGAGACGUGAUGGUCAACUUUUACAUCAACUUAAGCAAACUGUGUCUGACUGUCUACCAGCUCCACGUGCUUCCUCCAAAUACCACCAAGAAUUUCAAGCCAGCUGGAAGCUCAGUGUUGCACAACCCCGGAGCAAUGUUUGAGCUCAACAACAACCGCUUUGAAGUGAGUCACGUUCAUAAGGUGGAAUGUGUGGUGCCAUGGCUCAACGACACGCUGGUGUUUUUCACCAUCUCCCUGCAACUCUGUCAGCAGCUCAAGGACAAGAUUUCAGUCUUCUCCAGUUUCUGGAACUACAGACCUUUCUAAUCUUCCUCCUGUCCAUCCUCCAGUGACCGGUCAGACCCAAAGUAAGCACUCCAUUACACCCUCAAGGAUGUGUAAGGGACACCCUGGGAAGAUUUUAUUUUUAUAUGUGUGUUUUUCAUGCAAUCAUUCAGCCUGAAGUGUUGCAUGAUUAGUCAAGAGCCAUUUAGAUCCGAACAGAUGUCAGCCUUUCCUAUACCCAGUAAACAGCUGACCGACAUUCCUCUUAUAUAUAUGCGUGUGUGUGUGUAUUACAUCUCCGCAUACUGACUUAAACUUCUCAAUGACUGAAUGUGAUUGUUGUGCUUACCUAUUGGAAUAAUAUUUUGUUACGUUAAAGCAAUUCAGUUCUUACUAUUUAUCUAGUUUUCAGCCAAAGGUUAUCAACUGGAACACUACUUUUAACCAGUACUUGGUCAUCACAGUGGAUUUUUUUUCUGGAAUACUUUGAAUUCCCUCACAGCAGUUCAUCCUUCGCAUUACCGAACAGUACAGUUCUACUUUCUUCCUCCACAAAACACUGCAAAUUUUGCAUAUUAAGGUUUUCUUACCAUGGAUGGAACAACUCAACCUGUUAAAGUAUUACUAUAAUGUCUGCUUUAGGUCUCAAACAGCUUGUGGUAAUUCGAAGGUCUAGUUAUUUAAAGUAACAGUGCUUAUACACUUCACCUCAAGACAAGAAGAAAUAUACAGACUGUAACUAGAAAAGGUCAACACAUUUAUUCUAAAAGAAUCCAACUAAUAUAGUUGACUCAGAGCUCAUUCAUUCCUCUGUAGGUUGUUCAAAAGGCAAGGACAAACAACAGAUAUAAAGAUCUAGCAAGCCAGAUGCAGGCCUUUCCUUCACAAACAGUCUGUCAUGGAACAGAAUGUUUGAUGUAGAGAGUGCUUCUCAUACAGUCUAAUGUGUAACAUGGCAGAGAAACCAAUAUUACACAGAUCUGUUGUUGUGAAAGGCAGUAGUGUCAUAGUGGCCAGUUAUUCCCGGAGCACCCAAUGGACGUCAUUCAGAGCAGAAAUAUAUUCAAGCAGGGCACCAGCUUAGCCACACACUGGAUAUCUGUAAAGACCACUGGGCAGCGUGGUCACUUUUGAAAUCCAUCUGACUUCAGUGUGUAACAGAAGCAGUUGUCAUCACGGUCCAUGCUCUUACAGGGUUCCUCAAAUAAGGAAGAACAAGGAGGACACGAAAUCGUAACUCCAGUACUUGAAAAGUCUGACGAUUAAAAGUACAGUACUCAGUACAAUCCCUCAAUGACAUGAGGAAUUUUCAGCAGCUUUCUUGGUGAUUCCAGCGGCUCAACUGGCCUCCAAUGCCUGUACUUUAAAUUCAGCUAUACCUGAGUGCAAUGACACAAAGUAAUCUCAACUUAAAGGUACACUAACAAUGAAAACUAAAUGCAUAAAAUGUGGCAAAUGCCGUCAAAAGAUAAAACAUAUAUCCAAAACUUAUAAAUAUAUAUAUUUGUAUACUAUAAUGCUAUGACCUCAAUCUCUCUCUUUUGUUUAUGCAUUUAUUGAUGCUUUUUGUUUUCAAUGUCGAACUUUUUCCUAAAGGGGCCAGCAAGUUCCUCGAGUGGAAAAUGUCCUCAUGUUUAACACAUUAGGAAGAGGUUGACCUUAUAUACACCCCCUGUCAAAAGUUUUGAGACACUUUCUCAUUCAAAUAAAUUAGAAGCUGUCUCAAAACUUUUGACAGGGGGUGUAAUUAGGAAAAAAAACCUGAAAUCUUUGUUAGAAAUCCUCGUAGAACUCGUUUUGGAAAGUUGCAAUGCAUACCAAGGGGAAUCCUUCAAUCUUUGCAAGCUCCGGACCACGUCCUCUGUAUCAUCAAGUCUCCUGGCAACAUUGCCACCAGAGAUCAGAGAGGGCUAUCCUCCUGCUUGACAGGAGAAAGGUUUUAAUGCAGCUCCUAUCUAUCCGAAUGUCAAAGUGGCAGUGUACUAAGCUUGGAUGAAUAUAUCCGCUCUCUGCAACUGGCUGAGUCCAUUUCUGGUUGUUUUUUGUUUGUUUGUUUUGGUGGGGAGAAUUUUUGUCCUUUUAUUUUGCUGAUUUAAUAUGCUGCCUCCAUGGGAAUAUGACUCGGUAAACAUCCACCUUUAAACUACAGUUCACACAGGUGUUUUCAGUUGGAGCUGUGUUUGUGAAAAUAGCAGCAUGUAGCUACAGGUACUGUGAAGUGAAAGCUGACAGAGGUGAUGCAGUUACAGACAUCAGUCGUCUUAACAGUCUCAAAUUUCAGCAUGCAAGUUAUCCAAAUUAUGUGCAUCAUGUGUCUCCUCAUAACUGCACGGUUGGUUUGGAUGCCACAAAUUUCUAACAGAACGUCUGUUAGAAUUUUGGAAAUAUAAAGGAAAUGUGAGGGCAAGCAGUAGUAAAAGGAAAAAAAACAUUACCCACUGUGAUCUUUUUGGCGAAUGCAAACAUGUUGAUGACAAAAGAAAGAAAAAGUUUCCCCUCCGCUCAUCGACUGAACAGUACCCAGCUCUGUAGUCCGUCCACCUUCAGCACCGUCAAACACCUUCUGUUACAAAGGGUCAGGGUUGUCCCGUGGUUAGAUCAGCAGGUGUUCAAGUCUCUGUGUGACUUUUUUUGCAUGUCAAGAGAAAAUGCAGAACCAGUGCCAUUCCAUUUACAUAAUGUUAAAAAGCUGCAUCCUCAAGCAGUGUUUGCUGAAGAUAAACACACAACGCUGAUUAGGGUUAGGUGGUAGACGCAUUCAUCAGCUAUCGGUGACUGGUUGAAUCCAUUGCAGGUUGUUUUCAAAGGGUGAUUUAUUUAUUUUUUUGUCCUUUUAUUUUGCUAAUGUCACGCUCUUGGUGACAGUCUGACUUCAUGAAUACUUAACCUGUACAGUGCAGCUCAGAGUGAGCGCUAGUAGGAGCUGGAUGUUGAAGUUGCACGCAGGCAGACGUGAUUAAGUUACUGUCAUCAGCUACUAAUUGUCUGAAUAGGCUCAAAUUUCAGUGUGAUGACGCCUCCAUGGAUACAUCCGGUUAUUGAAGUUCAAAUCAUCACCUAACCCUUACACACAUCACAUAAGUGAAGUCCUUCUGAGAGCGUUCAAGUGUUACAUCGUGGUUGUAUCAUGUGUGAUUAAUGGUAAAGAUGAGCGUAAAGAGCUAUGAAUGUUUAUGUCCUCAAGACAGUUGUAUGAUCACAGAGUUGGUUUGAUGAGGAUUGAAAUGCUACAUAUUCACAAUAUGACACCAUAUCCAGACUGGUAGAUAUGAGGCAUUCAUGUUUUGUUUUCAGGCACUUGUCUAUUACUCAGUGCCAAGUCAAGAAAAAAUCAUUUUCAGUUGAUGCAAAUGAAGUUGGAAGUUUGUCGUGCAAUGGAGCUGGGCCAGUGUUUGUUUUGUUUUUUUAAUUUGUCAUUGCUGUUAAAUGAAAACUACUCACAUUCCCGGUGUAUUACUAUAUAGAUAUGUCUGAAUAAUGAGCUAUUUGUCAUGUGUUCAUGUAACUUUGGUUUGAAUUGAAAUGUUUGUCUGCUCUGUGUUCAUAUUUAUUUUUGUUUCUCACAUGUUUUUGAAACCAUGUAAACCAGACACUAAUUCAAUCAUUAACCAAUGACUUCCACCCAGUAAGUGUUAAUCUAUUUAAAUAAGCUGCUUGUCUUGGAAAAAAAAAAGUGGAAAUUAUUUAGUUGUGCAAUAAAACUAUUCUUAACACCAA